GAAUGGGUUCAACAUGUCCCUGAAUAACAUGCCACCCACAGGCGGACCAUCCUCUUCAUAUAUGCCCAAUUUGGGUACUCGGCCAGAAGACGACUCGAAGGACCACCUCCCGCGUGAGCAGAUUUGUUGUCUCAAAGAAAAUGGACGAAGAUGUGGGCGGGUGGCCGGCAAUGCCAGUUACAGUAAACGCAUUCAGAAAACGGUUAUGCAACGGAAGCUCAAGCUUUUUGAGGACGCCAGCGCCAACCACAUCUACAUUUGUGAUCACCACAAAGAUCUCAUUCAAAGCGUGCGAACGAAACGAAGACGGAAAGACUCCGAGGACGACUCGGGCGAAACAGACUCGGAACAUCCGGACGUCGAUCUCUACCAAUUGCAAGUGAACACACUCCGGCGGUACAAGAAGCAAUUCAAGGUUCCAAGUCGCCCUGGUCUCAACAAGGCUCAAUUGGCGGACAGUCUGAUGAGACACUUCAAAACGAUUUCCGUUUCCGAAAAGGAGACGCUCACCUACUUUAUUUACAUGGUCAAAACGAACAAGAGCAAGCUUGACCGAGAGAGAAAAGAUGACGACGCAAAUUUUUGAACCCCC